UGGCGGCCUGGGCGCUGUCGACCGGGCGCGCCUCCCGCGGAGUCCUCCGGUCUCGCCGAGCUCCAGGACCGACCCCCGGUCGGCUUGUGCCCUUUGCUCCUAGCGUCGUCUCCGCCGGUCGCCUGAAUUGGAGGUGCGCGGGCCACAGGGGCUCGGGUCUGAGCGCUCCGGGACCAGGGCCAGGGCGCAGGCUGGCAUUCCCUGCUGGGGGAUUCGGAAGCCAUCCCGAACGCCCUCCGCUGUGUUUUCUUCGUGGUCGGAGGCUAGACUUCUGAGGAAGGUACCAAGAAACUGAUAAUGUUUCCUUGAAUUUUCUUCUUCAAUGUCUCUCAUUCUGAAAAUCUUAAGCGAGAUGCUGGCAUAUUUUGGUGUUCCCAUAGACCAGGUUUUACUGAUUUGGGAAAAUAAAGACUAUGGAUCAGCUCGGAGUAUUGUUCGUAUUAUUGGGAAAAUGCUUCCUUUAGAACCUUGUCGAAGACCUGCUUUUGAAUUGAUCCCGCACUUGAACUCUGUAGAGUCUGAUAAUUGUGGAUCUAUGGUUCCAUCUUUUGCUGAUAUUUUGUGUGUGGCAAAUGAGGAAGAAGCCAGUUAUCUCAGAUUUCGAACUAGUACAUGGAAAAAUGAAGAAAAGGAAAAAAUUGAAUUUUUCCAUCCUUUACAACUAGUUUCAGAUCCAUUGUUAUCAACUGAAAGACACAACAAACCAGUGAAAAAUGAUCUGCCUGUAAGUGAAGCUGCAAUUAAAAAAAUAGCUGCCCUUGAAGAUGAGCUUACUUUUCUUCGCUCUCAGAUUGCAGCAAUUGUGGAAAUGCAGGUACUAAGAAAUAGAACACAUUCUGGCUCCUUUGACUUGAACAACGAGCCCAGUGGUGUGGGACAAAUGCCAUCACUGGGGACAGCUGAACUGAGUGUGGAACCAGAUCAGUUUCCAAGUACAGUGCUCUCUCCUCCUCCUCCACCGCCGCUUCCUCCUCAGUUCUCUUCUCCUCAGCCUUCAAGUUUUCCUCCUAUACAAUCAGGAUGUACUGAUAUUUGUGACUCAGAUAAUCCAACAACUGAAAUAAAAAGGCAGCGCCCUGAUGCUAAUAAGACCAGUUAUAGUCAUCAUUCAAAAAGCCAGAGAAAUACAGAUGUUCCAAACAUGUUGGAUGUUCUAAAGGAUAUGAAUAAGGUCAAGCUUCAUGCUAUUGAACGGUCACCUGGUGGUAGACCCAUUCAUAAGAGGAAAAGGCGAAGUUCACAUUGGGAUCCAGUGUCCUUAAUAUCACAUGCACUUAAACAGAAAUUUGCAUUCCAAGAAGAUGACUCCUUUGACCAAGAAAAUAGAUCUUGGGAGUCUUCUCCAUUUUCUAGUCCAGAAGCUUCAAGGUUUGGAAAUCACAUUUCACAGUCAGAAGGAAAGUGAUCUGAGGGAAAAACUGAUGACGCACAAAAGCUGUUGGCCGAAGUAUCGGCAACAAAAACUAUCUCUAUGCUUGGAAGGAAAGAUGCAGAAAUAUGGCAGCAUGUCUUUCACUGCCUUUCAAAGGAUCAUAUCCUCUGUCAAGUAACGUUGAAUGAAGUCUGUAUCCUGGGAUGUGUCAGGACCCGGAUCUGAGGAAGACUCCUAAGAACACCUGUCUGGUUUUGGAAGAUUCUGCAGUAAACUGGCUCUUGAAGAGAGUUAGUUAUAUGGAGUUUUUCCCCUGUAUGCUAACAUUAUUGAAAGCAGAAUAUAUGCUUCAACAAUUGUCCUAAGCAAUUCUGACUUCCCAGUUUAAGAGCCUUUGAAUCUUUUAAAAAUUGGUAGUGAUCUGGUUUAUGUGAACUUUAGUAACUUGGAGAUUUUCAAAGAAGAUGAAAUUAUAAUUUAUUUCAUUAGGAAACUCAUAGUUUUAAUCAGAGGGUUGAGCUUUUUAAAACUUCUUCCUGAGAUUAAUAAAUUAGUCUUGGACACAGAUUUUAAGUGAUACAAGUAAAAGUAUUUAAAGAAUCUUCUUGACAUUUUGCCUGCACUUGCUAUGUAAAUAUGUAUGCCUGACAUCUGUU